AUGGCUAAUUCCUCCUUUGUCACUGAGUUCCUAUUGCUGGGAUUUUCCAGCCUUGGGGAAUUACAGCUUGUGCUCUUUGUGGUCUUUCUCAGCCUCUAUCUGAUUAUCUUGAGUGGAAACCUCACAAUCAUCUCAGCCAUUCACUUAGAUAGCAGCCUCCACACAGUCAUGUACUUCUCUUUAGGUGUUCUCUCUACUUCUGAGAUCUUCUAUGCAAUUGUCAUCCUGCCCAAGAUGCUUAUCAACCUGCUCUCUGUACUGAGGACUCUGCCUUUCAUGAGGUGUGCCACUCAGAUGUUCUUCUUCCUUGGUUUUGCUGUUACCAAUUGCCUGCUUCUGGGAGUGAUGGGUUAUGAUCGUUAUGCUGCCCUCUGCCAGGCUUUGCAUUACCCCAUCCUCAUGAGCUGGAGAGUAUGUGGCCAGCUGGCAGCAACAUGCAUCGUUAGUGGCUUUCUAAUAUCUCUGGUGGGAACAGCUUUGGUCUUCAGCUUCCCUUUCUAUGGCUCCAACAAAGUCAGUCACUACUUUUGUGAUAUUUCAUCUGUCAUCCAUCUUGCUUGUGCUGAAACCUACAUCAAUGAACUGGUCAUCUUCAUCUGUGGGGUCCUUGUGCUUGUUGUGCCCUUGAUCUUCAUCUGUACAUCUUAUGGCUUCAUUGUUCACACCAUCAUGAAGAUCCCAUCAGUUGAAGGCAAGCAAAAAGCCUUCUCCACCUGUGUUUCCCAUCUCAUUGUGGUCAUUGUCCAUUAUGGCUGUGCGUCCUUUGUCUACCUGUGACCCUCAGCCAAAUAUACAUCAGGCAAAGACAGGCUGGUGACAGUGACCUAUACCAUCAUCACCCCGCUGUUGAACCCCAUGGUAUACAGCCUCAAGAACAGAGAGGUACACCUGGCCAUUCGGAAAGUGAUUGGCAAGACUGGAUGGACAGAAGCUUUUCCUACCAAACAUGAGACAGCAAGGAUUGUGGCCAACGUUGCUAAAAGACAUCUUGCCAAGAGCCUCCAGCUUGUUCAUGAAGACAUCUGGCCUAAAUUAAAAGCCCUGUACAAGUCCAGACCACCCCCAAGCCCCAUCGCUACUGACCAGGGGACUGGGUCUUUGUCCAGAGAAAAAAACAUUCGUGAACUCGAACAAAAAAUUGCGGGAGAGCUGAUAACUUCUACUGUGCGACAUGGGGAUGUGAGUCCACAGACACUGCGGCUCCGGUGGCAGCCGAAAUACCCUUGGAAAAGCGCCCCCAGGAGAAAAAAGCUUGACCACUAUGCCAUCAUCAAGUUCCCCCUGACCACAGAGUCAGCCAUGAAGAAGAUAGAGGACAACAAGACACUCGUAUUCAUUGUGGAUGUCAAGGCCAACAAGGACCAGAUCAAACAAGCUGUGAAGAAUCUCUGUGACAUUGAUGUGGCCAGGGUCAGUACCCUAAUCAGAUUGGGAUCAUCUAAACUGAGUCCAGCUGGCUAA